AUGGCCCACGUGGGCUCCCUUACACUGGUGUGGUCAGACCCUUUCGUGACAAACAUCUUCCAGAAGGAAGCAGAACGCUCAUAUGGGAAGCAGAAUGCUCCCAUCCCUCCAAGUGGCCAAUGCAGGGUCACUCAGAGCUUCUUGAUUUGUAAGAGUGGCUUGUCAGUUUUAUGCUUUGUUUGUUUAGCUGCUGACUCUAGCCAGUGCAGUCCAAUGGAAUCUCAGUGUGCCUGCAGUGGCGUCUGGGACAACAUCACAUGCUGGCGGCCUGCUGAUGUGGGAGAGACCGUCACGGUGCCAUGCCCAAAAGUGUUCAGCAAUUUUUACAGCAAACCAGGAAACAUAAGCAAAAACUGUACGAGUGAUGGAUGGUCGGAGAUGUUUCCCGAUUUCAUAGACGCCUGUGGCUACAGUGACCCUGAGGAUGAGAGCAAGAUCACGUUUUAUAUUCUGGUGAAGGCCAUUUACACCCUGGGCUACAGUGUCUCUCUGAUGUCCCUUGCAACCGGAAGCAUAAUUCUGUGCCUCUUCAGGAAGCUGCACUGCACCAGAAACUACAUCCACCUGAACCUGUUCCUCUCCUUCAUCCUGAGAGCCAUCUCAGUGCUGGUGAAGGAUGAUGUCCUCUACUCCAGCUCGGGCACACUACACUGCCCCGACCAGCCCUCCUCGUGGGUCGGCUGCAAGCUGAGCCUGGUCUUCUUCCAGUACUGCAUCAUGGCCAACUUCUUCUGGCUCCUGGUGGAGGGGCUCUAUCUCCACACCCUCCUGGUGGCCAUAUUCCCUCCCAGCAGAUGCUUCCUGGCCUACCUCCUGAUCGGAUGGGGGAUCCCCACCAUCUGCAUAGGUGCAUGGACAACAGCCAGGCUCUACUUAGAAGACACAGGUUGCUGGGAUACAAAUGACCACAGCGUUCCCUGGUGGGUCAUACGAAUACCGAUUUUAAUUUCUAUUAUCGUUAAUUUUGUCCUUUUCAUCAACAUUAUAAGAAUUUUACUGCAGAAGUUAACGUCCCCAGAUGUUGGUGGCAAUGACCAAUCGCAGUAUAAGAGGCUUGCCAAGUCCACGCUCCUGCUCAUCCCCCUGUUCGGCGUUCACUACAUGGUGUUUGCCGUGUUCCCGAUCCGCAUCUCCUCCAAAUACCAGAUCCUGUUUGAACUGUGCCUCGGAUCUUUCCAGGGACUGGUGGUGGCCGUGCUCUACUGCUUUCUAAACAGUGAGGUGCAGUGCGAGCUGAAAAGAAAGUGGCGAAGCCGGUGCCCGACCCCAUCCGUGAGCCGAGACUACAGGAUCUACAGCUCAUCCAUCUCCCGCAAUGGCUCGGAGGGCGCCCUGCAUUUCCCCCGAGGCUCCCGUGCCCAGUCCUUCCUGCAAACGGAGACCUCUGUCAUCUAGCCCGACAGCCACACUCCAGCCAGUCACUCGCUUCAUCCCAUUCAUGGACCUGGGGUCAUAUCUUAAUCGACUUGAUUUUAAAUGCUAAUUGUUGCUAACCCCAGCAUCUAGAUAAUUUUGUGCAAAAUGUUCAGCCAGAUAGCUGAAUCCAUUUUCAAAGAGAAUAGGGGAGAUGAGGUGGUCCCUGAAAUAUCAAAACGAGGUGCUGUGGCCCAGAGCUGUGGCCAGCAGCUGAUGGAAGAAAAUGAGAGUGUUUUCUAAUUUUCAUGCAAAAUUCACAGUCCUGUGGGUGGGGGGCAAAGCCUCAGCUAUGGGGUGACCGCCAUCAGGUGGUCGCUUCCUCCUCUGGGGUCCCAUAAAGGGCAGCCUCUUAUCUGCAAGACACUGACAAAGAAGCCGGUGUAGGAAAGCCAUGAAAUUAGGACCAGGAGAAAUCAGCAAGAGGGCAGCGCAGCCCUCCCCCUAGAUGCCCCCCCCAACUCUUUCAGCACCUCAUGGCCCAGCACAGCCUCUCCCACAGGACUUUCCUGUCUCCCAAGGAAGGUGGACUGAGGAAACGCUCAGGUUAACAGAGGCAGGUCAUGAAGAGAAGACGUUUGCAUUUCAGUGGGGCCCUCCUCUUGCAGGUGCCAGGGAGGCCCUGGGUGGCCCUGACUUUGCCUAUAAGAGGUCAUAUGCCACCUGUGUUGAGCCACAGAGCUGUAGCCAGGCCUGCAGGGCCCUGGUGAUGGGGCCACACUACAGGGAUGAUGCAAUUUAGUAGGAAAGAGAAACUUACUCUCUUUUUAACAAAAAUAAUCUUAGAAUCAUUUCUGUUUAAGCAGAUAAUUAUUUUAACAAGAUAUAAAACUGUAUCAAGCCCUCCUCUCCAGUGUUGGCCAGCCGCAGACCUAGCUAUGAUUUUCUAUGAUUAUUUGCAGACUUGGAGAGAUAGGUCUGACGAAAUUGCUGAAAUGGCCACAGAAGGGGAGUGGAGGAGAGAGGGGAACAUCGGGACACUGUCUCCGUCCUUUGUGCCAAGUCCUUGUCUCUGCAGCUCCUGACAGACCUUGGAAGACUGUCCAGUCCUAGCCCAAGUGCCUCAUCUGCUGGACUUGGUUGUUCCGAGCACAUUUGAUGCUAUGAGUCCCCAUUUACAUGAACAUCUCUUUCCUGUACAUUGGCGGCAUCCUCGAUCUUGAAUGGUGCACAGAUGCCAAAGAUAAUGGCCAUCGCGCUGGAGUCCAGGGCAGCAGGGUUGGGCCUCUGCCACAGGCCACGGUAGGUCUCGCACAUCCUGGCGUGUGUAAAACCCACUGGACAAAAGGGACUCCUGGGAUGGCAAAACAGCAGUUGUCCAGAGACCGGCUCAAGUCUCUGACAGCCAGUUCCCCAUCCUGCACGCCUUGGGCCAUGCCCUGUUAUAACAAGAUGUUACCUGGACUUUUGCCCACACCAGCUGGAGAAUGAGCUCCAAGUUUAUCUGGAGUCAUUGGUGGGGUGGGUGGCUGUCAGAGGACCUAGAGAACAUCUAAGCUGCCGUUUCCUGGGUUUCCAUUCGUGAUUGACGUUGCCUCAGACUCACUGUGGAACAUGUGAAGCAGAUGGCCCAGAAAAGGGUGGCCAACUGUGGUAUGAGCACAGCGAGAGGAAAGAGGGUGGGGAUCUGAGGUCCAGCCCUGCCUCUUGGAUGCUCCUUCCUGCAGGACCUGGUUAGACCCAGCCUUACCCAGCUCUGUCUUUAAAAGGAAAGGGAUGUCCUUUGCCUGCUCUUGGGGUCUUGAGAAAGCUAGCAUUUGCUGUAGCUGAAAGUGUUGUGUCAACGAUUAGGUGGACGUUAAGCUAUGACACCAAUGGAACGCUGGGGACACAUGGACAUGGAUGAUCAUUGGGCCAUCAUUGUGUCUUCAGGGCAGUUGCCAGACACCGGAGCCAUUAUCGUUUGUGCAGGUGGCCAUCAGGGUAGUUGGAUGUGUGCAGUUUCAGUCAUUGGGGCAGUCAUCAGGUGAGCAGGGGACACAUUCUCAGCUAAGCAUAUGCCAAGGCUCUGCAGAGCUGGGAAUUGGUUUCUCUUGCCUGGUAAAGAGAAAGGGAAGGGUUGCAAACAGUCUUUGCUAACAGAAUUGACUGGCGAUCAGAGUACUGGUGACCCAAGGGUCAGCAGGUGUUUUUCAGUGUUGUAAAUGAGCAUGGAAUGUCACAGACUCCACCAUGCAGUAAGAAUGAACUGUGUAAAUACUUCAAUAAAACCUGGUUUCAUAUCUGUA